CUGCCUGUUGGGGCUGGGAGCCCUCAUUGAUGUCCUUGUUUUUGCUGACAUGUUCCAGGUCCUGGCAGGACAGGAAAGUCCGAGAUGGACCUCAUGAGACUCGCCCAGCUCUUCGGCUCCCGUCCCAUGGGACUGUCGGUUCUGCAGCACCUAGGCCUGGUCAGAGCCCGUUGGGCAGGAGUCCCGGGGCAUUCUGUGUGGCUCACUCGGCAGGUGUCAGCCGCCUCCAGCAGCUCCCUCUCUCAGCUGCCUCUGGACCAGGGCACCCCGCAGACCAAGAGCAGUGGCUGCUCUGAACUGAGCCAGCCCAGCCCCACAGUCUCUCAGGAGGAAGAGGAGGAGGAAGGCUUUGGUACCCUUUCUGACAAGUACUCCUCCCGAAGAAUGUUCCGCAAAUCAACAACCCAGCUGUAUGACCUCCGGCUCCAGGAACAGAGUGCUGAGGAAGAUGAGGAACUAGAGCCCAAACCAUGGCGAGGCCGGAGAAACACCCCACAUUGGUACUUCUUCCGGUGCAAAGGCCUCAUCAACGAAGGCAAGCUGGCAGAGGCCCUGGACCUGUUUGAGAGGCAGAUGCUGAAGGAGGAGCGUCUCCAGCCACUGGAGUGCAACUACACGGUGCUGAUUGGGGGCUGUGGCCGGGCCGGCUACCUCAAGAAAGCCUUUGCACUCUACAAUGACAUGAAGAAGCGGGACCUAGCGCCGUCGGAUGCCACAUACACGGCCUUGUUCAAUGUCUGUGCUGAAUCCCCCUGGAAGGACUCUGCCCUACAGAGCGCCCUGAAACUCCGGCAGCAGCUCCAGGCCAGAAACUUCCAGCUCAACCUGAAAACAUACCACGCCCUGCUGAAGGUGGCUGCCAAAUGUGCAGACCUCAGGAUGUGCCUGGAUGUGUUCAAGGAAAUGGUCCACAAGGGGCAUGUGGUCACAGAGGAGACCUUCAGUUUCCUUCUCAUGGGUUGCAUCCAGGACAAGAAGACGGGCUUCCGGUAUGCCCUGCAGGUGUGGAGGCAGAUGCUGAGUCUGGGGCUCAAGCCACACCUGCAGAACUACAACCUGCUCUUGGGGGCAACCCGGGACUGCGGCUUGGGGGACCCAGAGGUGGCCUCUGAGGUGCUGCUGAGGUCCGGGGAGGGGAAGGUCAUGCUGCAGCCCCCAGCAGGUAGCCGGCAGAUGAGGAGGAGAGCCCAGCCCAGGGCAGAUGCCAGCAUGUUGGCCAAGCUGCAAGUGGAAGCCCUAGAGAGGCAGCUGUUUCUGGAGCCUUCUCAGGCACUUGAAAAGCCUUCAGGGUCUCUGGAGGCCAGAGCACAUGGUGAGGCUCGACCUGAGAUGGAAGCCAGGGCUGAUCCCAGCCACGCAGUGGCCCUCACCCCAAUGGCCUCAAAGCCACCUCCCUUGGAGUUGGGAAUCAACCUUCUGAGUCUUGGGGCCAUCCCCCAGGCUGUGGUCUCCUUUGGGACUGUGACUACCCCGGCCCACAGACUGGCCUUGAUGGGGGGCCUAGAAGGCUUUCUGGGCAAGAUGGGAGAACACGGGCUCCAGCCCGACAUCAAGACCUUCACACUGCUGGCUGAGGUCGUAGAGCCUGGGAGCCCCGCAGAAUCCUCGCUGCUCAGCGCCCUUGACACGUACCACGUGGAGGCCGAUGUGACGUUCUUCAACACACUGAUGAGAAAGAAGAGCAAGCUGGGAGACCUGGAGGGCGCAAAGGCAUUGCUGCCAGUCCUGGCGAAGAGGGGCGUCAUCCCGAACCUGCAGACAUUCUGCAACCUUGCCAUCGGGUGCCGCCGGCACAGGGAUGGCCUGCAGCUGCUUGCAGACAUGAAGAAAUGCCAGAUGACACCCAACACCCACAUCUACAGCACCCUCAUCAACGCAGCCCUGAAGAGACUGGACUACAGCUACCUCAUCGACAUCCUCAAGGACAUGCGGCAGAACUCGGUGCCCGUGAAUGAGGUGGUCAUCCGCCAGCUGGAGUUUGCUGCUCAGUACCCACCCACCUUCGACCGGUACAAGGGGAAGAACACCUACCUGGAGAAGAUCGAUGGCUUCCGGGCUUAUUACAAGCAGUGGCUGAAAGGCAUGCCAGCAGAGGAAACCCCUCACCCCUGGCAGCAGUUUCGGACCAAACCCAAGGGGCACCAGGACAGCGCCACAGAGGCUGAUGUGGAUGGAAGCUCUGGGGGCAGGUGACCAGGACUGGACCAGCGCUCACAGUGCCUCGUUGCUUACCUACUAACGACAAGUGAGUGUGCUGAUGUUGCUGGCAUGAAGCAAAGGCCUGGCCAGACUGAGAGCCUACUCAGGUACUGGUGUGAAGAUACACGCUGGGCCUGCCCAGGAUGCCAUGUCCACAGGACACCCUAGAGCAGGUUAAGCCACCUUCACACGUCACUUCCUGAUGGCUCCCAAUGAGAGCACUUGCUCUGGCUCACACAGCAUCCAUAAGGCAGACCCAGAACUGUCCUGGGACUUUUG